CUUACUUCAUCAUAGUCAAUAAAUAUCUAUGUGAAGAUGUUUCAAAAAUUACUCAUUUUGUGUCUUUUCGGGUUCGUUUUUUCUUUGAGAAAAGAAUUGACUCCCGAACAAUUGGAAAAAUUAUCUUCAUGGAAAAAUGGAAAUAAGCACAUGUGGAUGGAAAGUGGACAAAUUGAAGGUGACAUGGUGUUUCGUCCCGAGCAAAAAAACGGGCUCAUAGAUACCCAAUAUAGAUGGGAAAAUAAUGAGAUUCCAUAUGAAAUCGAUGAUGCUUUUAGCGAUGAUGAAAAAUCGAUUAUUCACGAAGCCGUUAAAGAAUUCGCUUCUUUUUCGUGCGUAACAGUUCGCCCAAAAACUGAAGCUGAUGUAAAUUAUGUCUACGUAACGGGUGAAGAUACGGGUUGUUGGUCUUGGGUUGGACGUUUAGGAGGUCAACAACAAUUAAAUUUGCAAAAAAAUGGCUGUCUUUGGCAUAAUACCAUUGUCCAUGAAUUUCUUCACGCUGCUGGAUUUUAUCACGAACAAAGUAGUACUGAACGCGAUGAUUAUAUUCGAAUCGUUUGGGAAAAUAUCAUCGCAGGAAUGGAACAUAAUUUUGAUAAAUACGAUGCGGAUGUCAUCACCAAUUUUGAGCAACCUUACGAUCUGUUCAGUAUUAUGCAUUAUGCUGAAACAGCUUUCUCUUCGAAUGGUGAAGCUACAAUUGUUCCGUUAAAUGAAAAUUUUAUUGGAUUAGUCGGUAAAGCCGAGAUUAUGAGUCCUAUUGAUAUCAUCAAAUUGAGAUUAAUGUAUAAUUGUGGAUUAUCAAGGAAAAAUAAAUAAAUGAUUGAUACCUA